UGGUUAGGUUUGUUUUUAUUUUGCUGUGCACAAGUUGUUUAAGUUAUUUAAUUAUUGUUUAUAAAGGUGAGUUCAUGAUAGGUAGUGAACUUUGGAUUGGCAAAGGGAAAGAGUACAGUGCGAUAGUGAACUUUGCCAGCAAUAUAUCAUAACGUUUGCCAUAUUUGACUAUUUUAACGGACGGCCUCAGUAUGAUGCACUACCGCAAGGCCGAGAAUGUGGAAAAAGAGCUUAGCAAAAGCGAUUUGCCAUUCGAGGACUGCAUGCCAAAGUCCCAAAAGGACUUUCUUUGGAUGCAUGUAAAAGGCGGGACGAAAAUUGGCAAUGUUAUUGAGUAUGCUCAGGCAGCGCUAAACAAGGGCGAACACAGAUGCGUGGUUUGGAGCGGAUCUGGCGGCGGAGUGGUAAAGACCAUAUCCUGUGCAGAGGUGCUCAAGCGAAGUCACCCUGUCUACCAGGUGACACGCAUGGCUUACACCAGUGUGGAAGAGCACUGGAAGCCCCAGAUGGAAGGGCUCGAGGAGAUUAUUGUCAACCGCCAGAUACCCACCUUACACAUCCUUAUGAGCCUGGACGAGCUGCCGGAUAGUAUAGAGGGCCUACAAAAGCCAAAUACAUCCACUGAUUUCUGGGAGGGCGGAGGAGCUAAGCCCCAUCCCCAACACCGUCAGCAGCAGCAGCAACAACAACCAGGUGCUGGCGGUCGACCAAACAAGCGCAACAGAUCCGGACGCAAUAAACCAGCCCAACAACACGGAAAACCUGCCGUAGAAGAGAGUCAGCCCACUAGUCAGAGUCAAGGCUGAGAUAACCUGUACAGAUAGCCAACUAUAACUGUGAAAACUCCUUUGUUUGCCCUUUGUAAGGAUAUACAAAUAAAGCCUAAUUUAUCACAAUA